GCGCGACGCGCCAGUCUCGUGCCGGUAGUCGGUAGUGUAACUGAGCGACUCCGGGAGCCGUCCCCGUCGCGUCAUCGCUCGCUCGUAGUCGUAGUGUGCCCGCCGUCCGGCCUGCCCCGCGCCGCCGGCGUCAGAGCCCAUGGAAACCCAGAACCAGGAUACGGCCCGAAGCCCCGCCGAGGUGCCCAACGAUCCGGGGAAGAUGUUCGUCGGAGGACUCAGCUGGCAGACUAGUCCAGAAAGUCUUCGGGACUACUUUAGCAAAUUCGGGGAAAUCACAGAAGUUAUGGUUAUGAAAGAUCCAACAACGAGGCGGUCGAGGGGCUUUGGCUUUAUUACAUUCGGCGACCCAGCUAGCGUAGACAAAGUAUUAGCUCAAGGAACACAUGAAUUAGAUGGCAAAAAGAUUGACCCCAAAGUGGCCUUUCCAAGAAGAGCACAUCCAAAGAUGGUUACCAGGACAAAGAAAAUCUUUGUAGGAGGGCUAUCAGCACCCACAACGCUGGAAGACGUAAAGAAUUACUUCGAACAAUUCGGACCGAUUGAAGACGCCAUGUUAAUGUUCGACAAACAAACCAAUAGGCACAGAGGUUUCGGUUUCGUCACAUUUCAAAGUGAAGACAUAGUAGAUAAAGUGUGCGAAAUACAUUUUCACGAAAUCAACAACAAAAUGGUGGAAUGCAAAAAAGCCCAACCAAAAGAAGUAAUGCUCCCAGCAAACUUGGCAAAGACGAGAGCCGCCGGACGCGGCGCGUACGAUUUCAUGUGGUCAUUGGGUGCUCUUCCUGAUGGUUUUCCCGCAGCAUAUGCCGCGUAUGCGGCAGGACGUAGCUAUUCGGGCUAUCCUAGCUUCGGGCUACCAUAUCCUGCAGUUGACCUGACCAACGGCCAACUCACACCGAACAACAACACACCGCUGCUCGCGCAGGCGCUCUCAGUGAUGAACAACUACCAAGCAGCAGCAGCUGGCUUCGGACCACCUGCAUCGCCCCACGCAGCUGGUGGCAGGGCCGGCUUCCCGGCGGCUAGCUCGCCUGGGCCCGCGCUCGAUGUGUAUGGUUCUGCAGCCGAUAGUGUGGGAUAUGUGCAAGCGGCCAGCCCUCAGCCAUCUGGCUUCCCGGCGAUUGCAGUCAGCCGUGCACCCCUCAAUUACACCCCAGGACCCCUGAUUCCUGCGGCUUUUACCAACGGUUAUCAUUGAAAGCGUUAUAGCACAAAUAUUUUACGUGGCGAGCGGUGUGGCGGCGCGUAGCGUCCCCCCGAGCGCAGCCCGGCCGCCGCAAGAUCCACCCUCCUCCAGCGCCCCGCCACCCGCCCGUGGUCACGCGCAGCGCUCUCUAGCCAAUGUGACAGCGCCCAUCGCUGCCAGCGUAAGAGUGCGCCAGCGCAUGGCGCGACAACACACCAGCGCGUGCCACAGCGGCAACGGUCGUCUUAUCCGUCCGGCCAUGCGGACUGAUCCGUCGACCGCGGCAACUUAUUCUCGCACCGUACCCCACCUCCCAAAUUCCUAUCCCCCCCCCCCCUCUCCUCAUCCACACAACACCCUCCUCACCGUCCCCUCUAUUGUAAAUAACAAUAAUAUACUUUUUGUCGUGUGAACGAAAGAUAGUAAAGUAUAUCGAUUGAACAGGUAUUUUUUCAAAUUUUUCUCGCUUCGACUGUACCGUAGAUGUGUUGUCAGAAUAAUAAAACAAUUUAAACUACAAAAAAAAAUACAUUUCAUAUUAAUAAUAAUGUGCAUCUAGACGAUUUUAUUGCAGGGAGGUAUGUCUUUAAAAUAUUUUAUUCAUAGAAAAAUUACAGUUUAAGGUGUAAUACUUAUCCUUACCGUGCGCGGAAAUGGAAUUACGAUAAAUAAAUAUAUAAUAUAAUACUGAGAGUAAGAAUUGUAGUAAAAACCGUUCGCGUCUACAUAAUACAUUUUCAAUCGCAUGCUUAAUAAUUUAAAACCCAUAACUUAAUACCCAUUAUAGAAGUAUCGAAAUGUGAUCACAUUCGCAAUAAGCUUGGCCCUUCCGUAUUCCAUGUGUACAAAGUUAAGUUGGUCGGUAGCGGCAUAGAUAGUUAAGCUGGUUGGGCCGUGUCGCGCGCGAUGGCGACUGGCGACUGGCGACUGGCGACAGGCGACAGGCGACAAGCGACGGCUGGAGACCGGAGACAAUAACGCGGUGCGCGACAGUGCGUCCGCGCGCCUCCUCGCUCGUCCACCAACACAUAUUUUAUUCUAUCUAUUUUUAAUAUUAAUGUCAAAUAUUAACAUAAUUAUUAUACUACUAUAUAUUAUGCAUAUUUUACCUAUGAAUGUAAUUAUUUUCGCCUAAUUCGAAUUGUAUAAAAUCACCUCUUUGAACGGCUGUUCUGUUUCAGUAGCGAACAAGUUUCUCGAUUACUUCCGUAUAAGACUACGUUAGUUACGCGUAUACAUACUUUCUAAUAUUAUGUAUUAUGAUAUAAAAUUUUAUCCUAAGGAUAAUAUGAUCGUAUUUAUGAUUCAUAGGGACGUUUGGAAAGAUAGGUCGGAACAUUUCACAAUAUCUCUCAUCGCGUUAAGAUAAUAAUUCGUUUCUAUCUUGUACCUUUGAAAGUAGGUAUUGUAAUUAUAUAAUUAAUAAUAAAUAAAUAACUUUUGUGCAUUACGUAAUAAAUAUUUCAUUGUUUCUUACGAUUGUAUUUACCGUAAUAUAAGACCACUGUUGAAAAAUUUCAAGCCUCCUCUUUAUACGAGGAGCAACACCAUACUUAGUCGUAUUUUAAAUUUUAAUCAAAAUAUUAAUACUAACAGUAAACUUACGUACAGGCAGUAUAGUAGUUAUCUACACGUCACAAACAUUUCAAUAAAAUAAAGACAGGGAUAUAAAAAUAUAUAGAAAUGGCGCAGGUUCGAGGUAAUAGUAUAAAAUAUGAAGUCAAUUCAUUAAUCAUAUUCGUUAGGUACUGGAGACAUUUUAUCGACCACUUUGUCUAGUUUGCAGCGAACACGGAAUAGUAUCGGUUAGUUGCGUAUCACCGCCGUAGAGCGUGUUACGCACAUCUACGCAGCGCUACACGGCGUAGACGUAGCGUAGCGGACAUUACCGCGGCACCUACGCUAACACUACCGACGCUAACCGCUGGCAACCGCUAUACACUUGCACUCGGUUGCAUUCAUUCGUUAUUUACUAUUAUUAUUACUCAUUACCUACAUCAAUUAAACAUUAAUAUUAUAAAUCUAGGUAUUAAAUUUUAGGUAAUAAUAAUAAACAAUCUUUUAAAUGCUAUUAUUAUAUAAAUACGUUAUAAAUAUAAAUGUUUCCUGUUACAAAAAAAAAUAUUGAAAAUGAUACGAAGUAAAUCAAUAUUCUUUUUAAAGGUAAUUUAUUACUUAUGAGUAUGUAGUUAAUUGAAUAAUGGAGUGUUAGAUGGAGUGCGCUCGUCGCCGGGCGGCGCGCUCGCUUCGCGUUUUUUGUUCGUUCGUGCCGAAUUCGUUCGCUGAAAUGGUCAGGUGCGGCUGGCAACCCGCCGAGCGCCGAGCGCCGAGCGCCAACCGCCGAGCCGCACACGCCGCUGGAGAUGCGACCGCGAUUAUGUUGUUAAAAACAUUAGCUAGGAAAUUGAUAAUGAAAUCGAAAGGUGUGAAGUCAAUAGGACGAUCGGAAUAUCGAUAUCAUACCUAACAAAUUAACGUAAUUAUUUGUUUUAUAUUUACGGUGUUAUAGGUAUUUAAGACAUUUUUUCUUAGAAUAUUUAAUUAUUACGAUGAGAUGUUAUAAUUGUUAGGUCCGGGCCGGCGGCGGAGCGGCGCGCGCGCACCUCGUCGCCGUCGGCCGUCUCAUUCACUGUCACAUCCUCACUAUAAUUAUAUUUUCUUACCGACCUUUUUAAUGUAGGAAAAGCGCACACGGCCGCUUGUCCCCGUGCGAGUACGAGUACAAACAAACAGACAUAGUGAGUGACGUUCGUUUCGCCGCGUUCGUGAGAAGCCAUCGGUUCGCCGCGAUUGCAUCGAGACGAUACAUAACGACAAUUAUUGUAUAUACAUAGAUAACCGCAUGUGUAAAAAGACGUUUAGGUAAGCGCCACACUGGCGCGUAACGCGCGACCGAUUUUGCCGUCCGUCUGACACCGUCAAUUAUCGUGACGUAUAACCGAUCUAGAGGCACAUGUAUGCUAACUUUUUAAUGACCUAGUUCUGUCCUUGGACAUCGUGAAUGUAUUCUUGCAUGUAAAAAAAAACAAGUAAAUUGUGGUUUUUUUUUUCAAGAAGAUUCUUAAAACAUUUUAAUUUUUUACGCGAAAUUCAACAGAAAAUAGUCUAAAUUAAAAAACUACAUGAAAUAGCCGUAAUCGUCAAUAAAUAAGAAACUUGUGAACAAUAAGUAUUUCAGACUAGGUCAUUAAAAAGCAUCGUGUAAUCGGUCAUUGUAUGGCGCUACGCUUAGUCGAUACCAUCUGAUCGAUAUUAGAUUCAUUCGAACUGCAAUCAGGAUUAGUUAGACGAAAGAUUAGUUUCAUUGUUGUUGUUAUGGUUUGUUGAUACGAGUUUGUGAGGUUAUUUCGUUAGUAUCACCCUUAGGGCACCUAGCACGGGCUAUAUUGUGAGGUUAUCUCUCACGUAAAAUCACACUCGCAUUCAAAUAUACCAUCUUAUUUUUAUAUGUAUAUAUGCAUAUAAUACAUUAUUUAACUUCAAAAUUAUAGCAAUAAAUUUCAAAUGUAUACAUAAUUAUAUAAAUUAGUUUUCAUACUGUAGUAUUGUUUUUUUAUUAAUAAUUUGUAUAUAUUGUAUUUACCGCCAAGUAAUAUGUCCCGUGUUUUAGUAGCCACACCAUCGCGAGGUGGUUUCCGCACGAU